AUGAUCAACACUACGAAGAACACUGCUGCUGAGGAAGCGGCUAUUAUUACUACUGUGGGGAAUGAACUGCUGUUGUCAUCUGUGAUUACCAUGGUUGAUGGAGAGAGGCUCUGUUCGUGUUAUAGCUUUAAUAACAAGUCAAUUGGUUACGCGUGGCCACAAGCAAAUGGUAACUGUAAAUACCACAAAGAACACCUUGUAGAGAUGGAAACAGAGCAGGAAUGGGAAUUUAUCAAAAACGCGAUUCAAAACCGAGAAGGCAGUAAAAAUGGAGAAUGGUUUAUUGGUUUGGAGAUAAAUAUAACAACAAGAAAUUGGUCUUGGGUCAACGGCAAACCUCUGACUAUUGACAAAUGGGAGAAGUCAAAUCCUGACCCAAAUGACUUUUACGGGCUGAUUCACGAGGAAUUUCCACCUGGAUUUAAAGGAUCUUUUAGCACCAUUAAUGGAUACGUACAAAGAGGAUGGAUUUGUGAGAAAGAAUCAGACAAUUGUCAGGGAGUCUGUUUCCUCCAUCCUGUUCCAAGAAGUACAAAUCCUCCUGGAACCACAACUGUAACAAAAAUUGUUACAACAAAAGGGAAGACGUCAACCGAACGGGAUAUCGCUGCUGUAUCAGGAUCUUCAACAACCGUGUUCAUACCAACCACGGUAAUCACAGAUGACAACAGCAGUUCUGAUAAAGUAAUGAUCAUUGCCGCUUCCUCGGGAGCAGUGCUCUUCGUAGCGUUGAUUAUUCUCAUCAUGGUCAUUUUAUUAAGACGAAAGAAACGUCAGGGAAAAGAUACAGAGAGCGUACUGCCUAAAGAGUCUUCGCCGAAUAUGUCAGCGCCAAAGAACAGCGAGAACGACCAAUUAGGAGAAAGCCAAUAUGAAUCUGUGAAGCAAGUUGAAGCCGCAAAGCUUCUUGGGUCACCGAACAGCAAGAAUAAUACUAGGCUUCAACCACCACCAGAAAAUUGUGAAUAUGCUGUUGUCAACAAGGCAAACAAGAAGCGAAAGGAGGGAGACCUUGUGUACGCCCAACUCGCCGAAUUUGACCAUGAAACUGAUGCCACCAAACCACCAAAACCACCCAGCUAUGAGCCUACGGUAUACGCUGAUGUUGAAGUACCAGACUCCUUACAGCCAACGUAUGCAAAUCUUGAAACGACUGGUGUCUGAAUGAAAUAAAUGUACGUAAUUUACCAGCCGAGAGGUCUGUACUAAUAAAAAGCUGUGCUCAA